GCUGCUCCAGGCUUCCUCAGACUCCUAGACUAGUGUUGUUGUUCGUAGAUCUAGGGCUGCAUUCCAGUCAAAAUUAGCAUCUUCUCUUCCUCCCAUCACUGGAGUAAACCCUCCAGUGAUGUAUGUAUGGUGGAGUGAAUGAGGGAAGAGGUUGCAAGUAAAAGUGGAUUGGGAGGAUGGCUCAUAAUAAUGGCCAGAACUGCAUGAAUGGAAUGGCAUACAAAUGCAUGGAAACCAUGUGUUUGAUGUAUUUGAUACCAUUCUGCUCUAGCCAUUAUCACAAGCCUGUCCAACCCUAUUAAGGUGCCACCAACCUCAGGUUUGCAUCUUAAUUUAAAUAACUGAAUGUUAUUGUUUGUUCAUACAUCUGGUGUUUCCCAGACAAAAGUGUGUCUGACUCAAGUGAGUGAGCUUUACUUCCAGUUCUACUGCUGUGGAAAUGGAAGUAUCCUAGCUUCUUCGUUCCGAGUGUAGUUACUGUAAACAUCCUACACUCAGCUAUAGCCUGUAUGGAAGGCUGGGGAGAGGGUGUUUACUUUGACUGGCUUGGACAGCUUCAAUCUGUAUGGAUGGGAUUUAAUGGAUCACUCAUGAAGAGAUGGAAAUAUUUAUUUUUGUACAAACAGAGAAGGCGGCUGCAAUUAAUUCCCAUUGGUAGUUUUUAUGAGAAACCUAACAUGUAGAAGAUGCAAUCAAUGGAUGAUAUUUGGAUGCAUUAUCACCGAUCAAUAAUGACAAUACUGUUUGUUAUUGCAAAAAAAUAAACUUUGCAAAUGUGUAUUGAUUGAUUGACUGACUGAUUAUUUUAUUCCUUAAUGUUCAAAUGUGUAUUGAUUGACUGUUUGUUUAUUUUAUUCCUUGGAAUGUUUAUAAUGUAUAUCACAGUUUAUAGCAUACUAUUAGCCUAACAUUUUAUGGACCUGGUUGAAAAUGGUAGUGAUUGCUGAAGAAAAUGCACAUUCAUUCACAAAUUGAAAUGUUUUGCCAGUUCACACACCUGUAUUCAAAAUCCAUGUAGGCUACAUUAAUUUUAAGCUUAAUCAUUUCAUCACAUUAUUUAUAUAAAUUAGUGUUCUACUGUUAUGGGAACAACAAUUUAAUAACCGUUGAGCAUAUAUAUCUGGGCGUGAGUAACCAACCAUGAUAUGUCAGAGGAUUUUGUAAUAAGGCGAGUACUGUACAGGAUCCCAUUCAAAAGAGAAGAAUAGAGUGGAAACCUUUUACAAAUGUAUCAAGGGUAGACUAUGCCUUCUGGCCAUCCCAGCCACAGGGGGAGGACAUCCCAAACCAGCCUGCUUUUCUCUCCACAGGAAGACUUUAUCCGCCAUAUUUGUUGUCGCAGAUUCGCCAGAAACCUUCCUCCAAAACAAAUAAAAAUACGAUUUUCAAUUACUUAUUCAAUAAGUAAUGUAGAUAUGUACAUUUAUUUAUGUAACUCUUAGGGUAUUACGUUUUAUUUUACAAACAUGGAGACGUCAACCGCAUGUGGGACUUCCUCCAUCUUCAUGUGUAAACUGUGCAACCUGUUCUCUCCACACCGAGCACAGCUCCUCUCCCAUGUGUCUGAGAAGCACCACACAGAGGGGCUCAACCCUGAUGACAUCAUUGUGGCCCUCAUGCCAUUGACAGCUCCACUGGAGAAGGGUGGAGGUGAGCACCUCCUCAAAGCAACCAGGGAUACUAAGGGUGGAGGUGAGCACCUCUUCAAAGCAGCCAAGGAUACUAAGGGUGGAGGUGGAGAUAGCCCUGUCAAGAGAAAACGAGGACGUCCUAAGGGCUCAACCAAGAAGAUUGUAGCUGAUGGGCCCAUGACAGAGACUACUAGCUCCAACCAGAAGAAGCAGAAACAACAGACAGUAGAGGCCCAAUCAGAAGCUGGGCUAGUGGACGGGGAAGAACCAGAGGACGACAAUGCCCUGGACUGCAAGAAGUGCAACCGUGUGUUCGGCAACAGGCGACAGAUCAUGAAACACAUCUGCUUGAUAGACCUCAGAGAGGACGAGGAUCAGGAGGACAACGACAAAGAGUUUGAGGCUGAACCUCGCGCAGCAGAAGGCAAAGAGGAGGAUAGGGAGAGAAGCUCAAAGAGGCCACGGCCACUCCGCUCUGAGAAGGUUUCCCUUGUGAAGGAGCAGGAACCAGCAGGAGGCACCAAGAACCCCAUCAUCAGUGUGGUUCUGACCGCUCAUGAGGCACUUCCUGGUGCCACAAGGAUAGUGCCGAUCGAGGCCACCCCGGCAGAGCCGGUUGCUACAGCAGACACAGACCCUCAGGAGGCAGGACAGAAGAGAGGAUUUCAAGAAUAUUCCAUACAACAAGCUGCUUAUGAAGUGCCAUUAAAGUCCAACAGAAUAGGACAGACCCAGUUGAAGAUCUUCACCUGCGAAUACUGCAACAAGGUCUUCAAGUUCCGCCACUCCUUGCAGGCCCAUCUGCGAACCCACACCAACGAGAAACCCUUCAAGUGCCCACACUGCGACUACGCCAGUGCCAUCAAAGCCAACCUCAGCGUUCACAUGCGCAAGCACACGGGAGAGAAGUUCAGCUGUGAACACUGCUCCUUCCAGUGCCUCAGCAAGGGCCACCUCAAGGUGCACGUGGAGAGAGUUCACCACAAGAUCAAGCAGCACUGUCUCUUCUGCAAGAAGAAGUACUCUGAUGUCAAGAACCUGCUCAAACACAUGAGGGAGAGCCACGACCUAGAGGACAAGAAGGUGAAGGACUCGUACCAUGAGUACAGUCUACAGACCAGAGAAGGCAAGCGGCAGCUCCUCUACGACUGCCAGAUCUGCGACCGCAAGUUCAAGAACGAGCUGGACCGUGACCGCCACAUGAUGGUCCACGGUAGUGAGAGGCCGUUUGGCUGCGAGCUGUGUGACCACGGCUGCACCAAGUUCCAGGCUCUCCAGGCUCACGUCCGCAAGCAUCCCUUCCUCUACGUGUGUGCCGCCUGCCAGCAGAAGUUUGUCAGCUCCGUGCGGCUGAAGGCCCACCUGAAGGAGGCUCACCCAGAGUCAGAGGAGGCGGCUGGGUUCUCAGAGUCCAUCAACAGCAGCUUCUGUCUGCUGGAGCCGGGGGACGACAUCAAGAGAGAGAUGCUGAGACAGGAUGAGAUCAGGAUGGCUGAGGAGCUAUCUCUACUCAACGCCCAGCAGGAGGAGGAGGAGGCCCUCGCUGGUGACCCUUCAGAGGAGCAGGAGGAGGCCCUCGCUGGUGACCCUUCAGAGGAGCAGGAGGAGGCCCUCGCUGGUGACCCUUCAGAGGAACAGGAGGAGGCCCUCGCUGGUGGCCCUUCAGAGGAGCAGGAGGAGGCCCUCGCUGGUGACCCUUCAGAGGAACAGGAGGAGGCCCUCGCUGGUGACCCUUCAGAGGAACAGGAGGAGGCCCUCGCUGGUGGCCCUUCAGAGGAAGAGGAGGAGGCCCUCGCUGGUAACCCUUCAGAGGAACAGGAGGAGGGGGAGGGAGAAGAACAGGAGGAAGGACUGGGAGAGGGGGAGGAACAGGGAGAGGGGCUGGGGGAGGAACAGGGAGAGGGGCUGGGGGAGGGGGAGGAACAGGUGGUCCCUGAUCCGGGCCCUGAGGAGCAGACUGUAGAGACAUGCGUGUUGAACCAACCUGCACAAGAGACUGAGACUCUACAAGACAGAACUGAGCCAAUCAGUCCUGAACAAACCCAGACAGCAAGCAAAGGCACGACCCAGGAAGUAAUCCGUGAGGAGAGACCUGAUAAGACACUGGUGGAGGAAGACAAGCCUCAUGGGGAGAAUAACGUCAUUGUGGCUGAACAAGACACUUUGGUAGAAAAGCCUUCAGGCAAGGAGGAGUCAAUGGGCCACCAGCAGCAUCCAGAAGAAGACAAAGGCUCUUCAUCAACAUCACAAGGUCAUGUUGAGGAGACUCUCCGGUCUUUGGUUCUGAUUCAGGGGGAGGUCAUAGGUCAAACAAAUGCUUCAGCUGGCCCACAAGGAGAAGAUGGCACAACGGAGGAGAGGAGCGCUUUCCAACAGAUUCUAGAUAAGUUGCAGAAAAGGCAGCUGAACAUGGUUGUCUUUGACAGAAUCCGAAAAGUAUACGGGGACCUGGAAUGUGAAUACUGUGGAAAGCUCUUCUGGUACCAAGUCCACUACAACAUGCAUGUGCGUACUCACACAAAAGAGCAUCUACAUUACUGUACCCAGUGCAGCUAUUCUUCCAUCACCAAGAACUGUCUGAAGCGACAUCUGAUCCAGAGACACAGUAACAUCCUGCUUCAGUGUCCGAUGGAACACUGUCAGUACUGCACACCUGACAAGUACAAGCUGCAGGCCCACCUCAAAACACACUUUGACAACGAGAAGAGAAGCUUUGCUUGCCCUGUGUGUGAGGAAACGUUCACUGAAGAUAAACUGAAGCAUCAUAUCAAGAACUUUCAUCCAGAUACGCCGAUGAACACCAUCUCUGAGGCGCUUGGGGUGAGGGUGCAGAUGAAGGGCUUGAUCGGGAAGAGAGCGUCUAAGUGUCCUUACUGUGACAGCUACUUCAUGAGGAACGGAGCUGAUCUGCAGCAGCACAUCUGGGCUCACCAAGGAGUGAAGCCCUUCAAGUGUUCCCUGUGUGACUACGCCAGCCGCAGUAAGAGCAACCUGAAGGCCCACAUGAGCAGACACACCACGGAGAAGACACACCUGUGUGACAUGUGUGGCAAGAAGUUCAAGUCCAAGGUCACUCUGAAGAGCCACAAGCUGAUGCACACAGAGGACGGUAAGCAGUUCAAAUGUACAGAGUGUGAUUACAGCGCUGCACAGAAACCUCUACUGGUACGACACAUGGAGCAGCACGCCUCUUUCAAGCCCUACCGCUGCGGCCACUGUCACUACUCCUGUAACAUAGCAGGACCCCUGAAGAGACAUUACAGCAAGAAGCACCCCAACCAGGAGUACUGUAACGCAGGGCCUGGUCCAGCCACCUCUGAGGCUGUGGAGCAGCAAGGUGGAGUGAAGUGUCCUGUGUGUGACUAUGUGUACGGUACCAAGUGGGAGAUGAACAGACACCUGAAGAACAAGCAUGGCCUCAAAGUGAUUCAGAGUGACGUGCUUGGUCUCAACCAAUGGGAGGUGGUGGAGCAGUCGGUGGAGGAGCCCCUUACCCAGUACCUCCACAUCACUGAGACAGAGGACCCUCAGGGGACCGAAGCUGCCGUGUCAGCCCUCCAGGACCUCAGGUUCACAGAGAACGGGGUGGUGGCGACCACCACGGAAGGGCUGGAUCCCACAGCGGUUAACAUCCUGCAGCAGAUCAUUGAGCUGGGGGCAGAGUCUAAUGAUGCCACAGCAGCCUCCAUGGUGGCCAUGGUCCCUGGCAGAGUGACCGUGGUGGAGCAGGUGACUGAGGAGGAGGGGACCCACACUGUGAUGAUCCAGGACCCCUUCCAGCAGGCAGCCUCCAUGGGGCUGGGUGAGGAGCACCAUCUGGUGGUGUCGUCUGAUGAUGUGGAGGGCAUGGAGACGGUCACCGUGUACACUCAGGGAGAGGACGCCUCCCAGUUCAUUGUCUAUGUCCAAGAGGCUGUGGAGACCGAGGAGCAUACUGUGGAAUCUAUCUGAGCAGGCCAGAGCGUUGGUGCAGGCAUGGAGGAGCAGUCAACAGUUUCAUCCCAGGUCAUUCAGUAGGUGGAAGACAUUUUGAAAACAGGGAGAUAUUACCUGAACUUGUCCAAUUAGAACACAGAUUUGUAUUGUUCCGUUGCUAGACAUUUUUCUAGUGUGCCCUAUUGAACUCCACCCUGGCUUGCUCUAUGAAACCCACAACCAAUCUCCAAUGGCUUUGAUUGGAAUAACAUAGUGGCUUGAAAUGUAUCAUUUCAUCGCUUAUGCCUUUUCUCUGUGAUUAGCAUUUCCUUAUGUUAAUUCAACUUAAUAUAUCAAAGGCUUUUCUUAGAAAACAAGAUUUUGGAAUGUACUUUUUAUACAAGUGUAUAAGUCAUUUAGUAAGGGAAUAAAAUGUGGAUAAUUCAAAUAUUCAUGUCGGGAUUCAAUCUGUAACGCUGUCGACAAUGAGCCUUUGAAAGGCUAUGUUACCGCGUUCACAGAGAUCACAUUCAAGGUAAACGCUGCAGAGGUCGCCUUAAUCGGAAAUGACCUUUUAAAAUGUCAAGCGCCUUUUCAGAUUGCAUCUCAGCCUUACUUAGCUUACAACAUGGUUGCAGUUUUGGCAUGAUGUGCCUUUAAUGUUUACAACGGAUCAUUUACAGGACUGGAUUCUUUAUAGGACUAGAUUGUUGAUCAUGUUUAUCUGUACACCCCCCAUCCUGUUGACUAAUAGUUCUACACCUAUUGGAAUGUUAGUCAAUGAACAAUUAAACGCAUCAUGACAAACUCAA